AUGAAUAGCAGUAAGUGGAAAUCUCCAUUUCAGCGCAAGAAACGCGAGAGGCAGCAACCAGCAGCACGUGCACAUCUCGGCAUCCUUGAGAAAAAGAAAGAUUAUAUUGAGCGUGCAAAAAUUUAUCACAAACACGAGAAAGAAAUCGAUGAUUUAAGAAGAGCAGCUGAACUUCGCAAUCCAAAUGAAUUCUAUUAUUCUAUGAUCGGAGAUAUGAAAGAGAAACCAGUUGAAUACAAGUCAAAGCCACGUGAAGAUUUUACAAAGGAACAAAGACUUCUUUUAGAAACUAGAGAUAUUAACUACAUUAUUGCAAAGAUGCAGACACAGAAGAACAAACUCGAAAAAUUAAAAAUCAGACUCCCAAUUAAAACACAAGGAUCAACUAAAAUUUAUUCUUCUGUCGAAGAAGCUAUUAAAGCAACAAAGGGCAAGGAAGUUGAAGAAGAAAAUCCUGAGGAAGAAGAUACACCAGAUGUUAAGCAGCUUAAGGAAGAAAUUGAAAAUAGAGAAUUCAUUUUACAGAAAUUGCAAGAAGUUUAUGAUGAGAUGAAACUUCAAGCUGAUACUAAGAACGAUGAAAACUAUGAUACUUAUGAAGAUGAUGACGGAAACGUUCAUCACGUUUGGAAACCAAUUAGAAAGCGGUAA